AUGCGGCUUCCCAGUGUCUCGGUCUUUGCGGCCAUCGCGCUCACAACACUCGCAGAAACGACGCCUGACCCUUCCGAUACAAAAAAUAGCUCCCAAGCCAUAGUUGCCGAUGGUAUAGAAGGAGACGACGCAGCAAAGUUAUUGGAGUCAAUCCAAGCAAAUUCCACCGACUCUUGCCAAACAGCAUGCGCUUCGCUCCUGGGAGAAUUCGGCGCUGCCAAAGUCGCGGGCAGCGAAGAUCCAGACUAUAAAGCGGCGAUUGACGGCUUCUGGUCCCAGCAGCAGCGAGAGCCCGUACCACGCUGCAUAUUUCGCCCAGAGACGGCACAAGAAGUUGCGAAUGUGGUGCGUGUAUCUCAGGCGAACAAGUGUCGGUUUGCAUUUCGGAGUGGAGGCCAUGCCCAAUUUGCAGGUUCAUCCAGCGCAGAUGGAGGCAUAACUGUACUUUUUGAACGCAUGGCAGGCAUUACGCUGUCUGAAGACAAAAAGAUUGCGUCAAUUGGACCCGGGGCCCUCUGGAGCGACAUUUACGGCAGCCUGGCUGAACACAACCUUGCGGUUGUGGGUGGCCGUGUCGCUGACAUUGGUAUUGGAGGCCUUGUGACAGGCGGUGGCAUUUCCUACUUUUCCAACCAGCGUGGCUGGGCAUGCGACAACGUUGCAUCGUAUGAAGUCGUCUUGGCGGACGGACGCAUUGUGAUUGCCACGCCUGAUUCGGAGUACUCUGAUCUCUACUGGGCAUUACGCGGUGGCGGCAACAACGUUGGUAUCGUGACCCAGUUCAAUCUCGAGACUUUUGCUCACGGCCCCCUCAUGUAUGGCGGAGACCGAGUAUUCACCAACGAAAGUUUCUCAGCCGCCAUCGAUGCCUUUGUCGACGUAGCCAAGAAUAUCGACAAAGACCCCAAGGUCGCGCAGUUUCUGUCCUUUGCCAUCGAUACAAGGAACGGCAUGCGACUCGCAGUUGCCGAACUCCAAUACUCAGAACCAAAGACGGACGCAGCUAUUUUCGACGGGUGGAACAAAGUCCCAGCGGUUGUCGACAACACCAAAAUCAACAGCCUGGUCAACUUGACCUUGGCUCUGGCAGCACCCAGUCCAAGGGGUAUGCGCCAGUCCUACUGGACCGUAUCUGUGAAAUUCACAGACCGUGAAAUCAUCGACCGCCUCGCCGACAUCACCUUUGAGUUUGGCGACAAGCUCUCUCACAUCCCGGGUAUGGUGCCCGCACAAACCAUCCAAGUGGUCACCGAUCCACAGCUCAAGAACAUGGAGAAGAACGGCGGCAACGCCCUUGGCCUCUCCGCCUCCGACGGCCCUUUUCUCAUACUCCUCCAGUCGUUCGCAUGGAUGAACGCCGAAGACGACGAACUCGUGCUCAAGACCGCCGCAGACAUGGUCGCACAGAUCAAAAAAAUGAGCAAGGACAUGGGUGCCGAGCACGAAUUCCUAUACAUGAACUAUGCGAGCCAGUUCCAGGAUGUAGUCGCGAGUUAUGGCGAGAGCGCAAAGAAGCUAAGGGACAUUGCCCGCAAGUACGACCCCGAGGGCGUUUUUCAGACUCUGCAGCCGGGAUACCACAAGUUGAACGAGCCGGAGAGUCAAGAAUUGCCUGUUUGGGAUCGCGUCAAGGCUUUUUUCAAUGAGAAGUUCGCGUGA